UCGUUUUGCAAUUUUUCAAUCGAAUGAUUUCAUACAACUUUGUGGAAUUAUUUAAAAUUGCGCAAAAUUUGAUAUUAGAUUUUUUUUAAUUUCACAUCACAACAGAAUAUUAAAAAAUUUGAUGAAACUUAAUAAAAUUUUUUAUAAAUAUCAUCGGGGUCGACAAAUAUUUCUUUUAUAAACUUUUAUAUAAGUUCAUGGAAUUAUUUUAAAUUUAGUAAAAAUCCAUCACGAAAACUUAUGAACUCUGUCUUUACCGGCAUUUCACCUUAAACACUUCAAUUAAGCAUAAGACUUGAACUCUCGGGAUGUGAACAAUGAGCAACAUUCAGGACUACCAGCCAGGAUGAUGACGUUGACAUCAGCCAUAUGUCAUUCUUAAACAUGGAAUAUUAUACAAACAUCACAUUUACGUUAUGUUUACGUCAUUGGUUUUACAUCAUAAUCUUACCUAAUAAAGUGUGAAAUGAUGAGUUAAACCUGACUCAUUCAUGACUUAUAUCUUACGUAAAUGAUGACAUAGCGUAACGUCACUCUGACGUCAAAUUUACGUCAAUGUGUUUACUGGGAUAAGUAUCAUUACUGAAUAUCACGUAUUGUUGGAUGGUUAUAUGAAUAACAGAAUAAUACUCGUAAGUUAGAAAGUACGGGCAACAGAAGGGAAAGGAUUAUGAAAAAAAAUUUUUGUGAGGACAGCUAUGCAUCAUGAUCGUUAACAAUUGAUUUAUGACUUAAUCACAUUUCAUUCUUCAAUUCAUUGUAACUUCAAUAUCAUAUAAGACUAUAUAACACAUAUUAGAUUUUUUAUACAAAAAAAAAACUAUUAGAACAAUGUUAAGACGGAAACUGGUAUUAAUGAAUAAUAUGGAAUUUAGACUUAGUCUAUACUCAGGAUAACAUAAUUCUAAAUUGUCAUCACAGAAAAAUAGCUCGCGUGACCAGCAAUUGUACAAAAUUACUAAGUAUUAUAAAAGCGGACUCAUGAUAGUAAUUUUAAUACAAACUGAAUCAUUUGAAGGACAACUUGUUAUGUAUAUAAAAGACAGUUAAAUUGAUAAUGUACACAGAACUGAAGAGCUUGUUGAACUAUUUAGUGAAGUGAAAUACAUUGAAAAUUAAUUUUUAUAUUGUACAACAAUAUGGCAUCCAAUUUUAUUUCAGAAAAUUUUGAUCAUGAAAUACAUUUUACUAUCGAAAAUAGAAUUUUAAAAGGUAAAGAGUUUACAUACUUAGUCGAAGGAAAAAAUAAUUUUGGCGAAAACUUAUUAGAAAAAAUGAAAAAAAAUCACAAGUCUGUUGGUCAGGUUGAUGCAAUCACUGGAAAGAUAGAUACAUUUGGAGAGAUGGUAGACAAAAGUAUUAAGUGUGCACUUUGGCUUCAGAGUCAAAACGUUCAACAAGGCGAUGUUAUUGCCAUUUGUACACACAAUCAUUUGAAUCAAGUAGUUCCAGCACUUGCUGCGAUGUACAUUGGUGCUGUCUUCAAUCCAUGGUGGGAUUAUGGAUUAACUCGAGAUAUUGCAAAACAUUUUAUUAAUCUAACUCAGCCAAAAAUACUAUUUGUAAAUGAAGAAUGCUCAAAGAUAGCUAUCGACGUCAUUAAAGAACUCAAAUCGAAUCUAAAAAUCGUCGCUUUCGGAAAUUUUGGAGGUUUGGAAUCAUUUGAAACGAUAAUUUUGAAGCAAAAUCCUGCUCAAGUACAAAAUUUUUGCUGUGCCAAAUUAUCAAGUGUAGACCAUCCUGCACUUAUUCUUUACACUUCGGGAACCACUGGACUACCUAAGGGUGCUCUUCAUUCUCACAAGGCAUUAUAUGGAAAUGUCCAAUUGACAGAACAUAUUAAUAACAAUUGCGAUACUGCAAUGUGGUACUCAACUCUUUGUUGGGUAACAGGGAUACUUUGUUCAUUUUCAUCAAUCUCACGGGGUAUGAAACGAGUAAUUCCUGGACAUUUUGUAGAAGAUGACGCAUGUAAAGUUAUUGAAAAAUUCAAGGUAAAUUGGUUAUUGAUGGGAACUAGCAUGGCUAAUAGACUACUUAAAUCUGGAUCCAUUAGUAAACAUAACGUUACUUCUGUUCUAUCACUUCUUAUUGGUGGAGCACCACUGAAAGAAGAAACACAAGCAGAACUUCGUAAAGCUUUUCCUAAUGCCUUGGUAUUACAAGCUUAUGGUACAACAGAGUUAUGUGGAAUAGCAGCUAGGCAGGGAAAAAAUUACAGAGUAAAUUCUGUUGGAAAUGUGGUUGGAAAUCUACAAUUAAAAGUAAUAAAUCCUGAAACUGGGAAAAUUUUAGGCCCAAAUGAAAAAGGUGAAGCUUGUAUCAAAUCACCUAUGAUGAUGACUAAAUAUUAUAAUAAUCCAGAGGGAACAAAAAAAGCUAUUGACGCUGAAGGAUGGCUCCAUACAGGUGAUCUGGCGUAUUACGAUGAAGACGGUGCACUCUUUAUAAUUGAACGAUUGAAUGAACUUAUAAAAUGGAGAGGUCAUCACGUACCACCUGCAAUGAUUGAAAAAUUAAUUCAAACCCUUCCGGGAGUAGCUGAAGUUGCGAUUGUGGGGGUACCCAGUUUAGAAGAUGACGAGCAGCCUUUUGCUUUUGUUGUGAAAGCACCAGGCUGUCAUAUUACUAAAGAAGAAAUUCAUCAAAUAGUUGAAAAAAAUUUACCUGAUCAAAUGAAACUCAGAGCAGGUAUCAAGUUUAUGGACACAAUACCACAUACGGCUUCUGGUAAAAUCAGUAGAAAUGAACUAAAAACUAUUGCAAAAUCUUUUGCAAAAAAGUAGUUUAAGUUGAAAUGAAGGUAGAUUUGUGGAAAUUAGUGUGUGAUUAGUAUAUUCUACUAAAUGUAUAUUUUAGAUACGAUAUUAUUCCAUAGCAAUAGUGAGUAGUUCCUCUAUUGUCGAAUAAAUAAACUAUGUGAUAUAGUUAA